AUGAAAAAUGUUGCUUUAGUCCGUAUAAAAGCUUCGCCAUUUUACCCCUUCCAAGUUCCAAGAAUAGUUGAACAUCCUAUUGAUACAACAGUCCCGAGAAAUGAUCCCGUGACGAUAAACUGCAAAGCCGAGGGCAUUCCGGAGCCAAAUAUUGUCUGGUACAAAGACGGGGUGCCACUUAAAGUUACUCAACAUCGAGUCUUUUUGCCAGCGGGAAUGAAAAUGGCACUUGGAUUGCCUGAUGAUUUGACAAGGGAAAGAAUUAAAAAGAACUUCCAGGAAAUCCAAUCUCCAACAAAAUGUUUUGCUUUAAAUGUUUAA